GGGGCAGCGGCUCAUUGAGUGGCUCAGUUGCAAGCGGUGCGGCGGCGGCCCGCGGGCACCCAGGGAUUGGCUCGGUGCCUCCCCACAGCCGCUGGAUCUUACGGCCCUUUAACUCUCUAAGCUUCCCCGGCCAAGCCACCGGCAGACCAUGCCCUCUCUAUGACGGUUACUUGUUCAGCUCACUCUGCAUGCCAGAAGACUGUCCUUGGUUGACCCAAGGGCUUUUGGGGACUCCGGCCUCUCCCCGUUUUUUCUGCGUGUGUGUGUUCCUCUGGAACUUUCAAAACUGUUUCUCCAAAGGGUUUUGCAGAAACUCAGACUGUUUUCUAAAGCAGAAGCACCUCAGUCCACAGCAGUAGUGAUGGGCAGCGUGCGAACCAACCGCUACAGCAUCGUGUCUUCGGAAGAGGACGGCAUGAAGUUGGCAACCAUGGCUGUUGCCAACGGCUUUGGGAAUGGGAAGGGCAAGGUACACACCAGGCAGCAGUGCAGGAGCCGCUUCGUCAAGAAAAAUGGUCACUGCAACGUCCAGUUCAUCAACGUGGGCGAGAAGGGGCAGCGCUACCUGGCAGACAUCUUCACCACCUGCGUGGACAUCCGCUGGAGGUGGAUGCUGGUUAUCUUCUGCCUGGCUUUCGUCCUCUCCUGGCUUUUUUUUGGCUGUGUGUUUUGGUUGAUCGCCCUGUUGCACGGGGACCUGGAGGAGCAGGAGAACAACACCCCGUGCGUCUCGCAGGUCAGCAGCUUCACUGCAGCCUUCCUCUUCUCCAUCGAGACCCAGACCACGAUCGGCUACGGGUUCAGGUGCGUGACGGACGAGUGCCCCAUCGCGGUUUUCAUGGUGGUUUUCCAGUCUAUAGUGGGCUGCAUCAUCGAUGCCUUCAUCAUCGGCGCCGUCAUGGCCAAGAUGGCGAAGCCGAAAAAGAGAAACGAAACCCUGGUCUUCAGCCACAACGCCGUGGUGGCCAUGAGAGAUGGGAAACUCUGCCUGAUGUGGCGAGUCGGGAACCUGAGGAAAAGCCACCUGGUGGAGGCACACGUGAGGGCGCAGCUCCUCAAAUCCCGCAUCACGUCGGAAGGGGAGUACAUCCCUUUGGAUCAAAUAGACAUCAACGUGGGGUUUGACAGCGGGAUAGACCGCAUCUUCCUGGUCUCCCCCAUCACGAUAGUGCAUGAGAUAGAUGAGGACAGCCCUUUGUAUGACCUGAGCAAACAGGACAUGGACAACGCCGAGUUUGAAAUCGUAGUGAUCUUGGAGGGCAUGGUGGAAGCCACGGCCAUGACCACCCAGUGCCGCAGCUCGUACCUGGCAAAUGAAAUCCUCUGGGGCCACCGCUACGAGCCCGUGCUCUUCGAAGAGAAAAACUACUACAAAGUGGACUACUCGAGGUUCCACAAAACCUACGAAGUGCCCAACACGCCCAUCUGCAGUGCCAGAGACUUAGCAGAGAAGAAAUACAUCCUCUCCAACGCAAACUCCUUUUGCUACGAGAACGAAGUCUCCCUCAGCAAAGAGGAGGAUGAGAUUGACACGGGGGUGCCUGAGAGCAUGAGCACAGACACCCACCCAGACAUGGACCACCACAACCAAGCAGGGGUGCCCCUAGAGCCCCGGCCUCUACGGCGGGAGUCGGAAAUAUGACUGACAAACCCUUGCUGUCUCUUCUGGUGGAAAGGAAAAACAAAAUAAAUAAAGAAAGAAAAAAACAAAGGAAAGGAAUCGGUCAAAGGCACGUUGACCCGAGAAGUUGGCCCAGAAAAGUUUUCAGACAACGGUACUGUUGAAGAGUGGUGUGAAGGCAAACAGACCUGAGAAACCCAGGCUGGUUUUAGGGCUGUCCUCAGAGGAGGGACGAGAGAAAAUGAACUCUAAACACAAAGCACUAAACAUGUCUAAGUAUGAACAGAAGGCACAUAUGUUGUAGAAUAAAUUAUGUAUAUAUUUUUUUACAAAACUUGAACUUGCAGGCAAGCUUUGGUUGGGUUAUAAUUUUAUUUUUUUUUUUUUUUUUUCAACUUUUUCCAGAAUGCUUCUCUCUAGGGAACAAGAAUGUUUUUAAUGGCAUAACAAAGGCAAGAAUCUGCCUUAUUAUUAUUAUUAUAAUUAUUUUUUAAAAGCUGCUGCUAACUACAUGAACACAAAUGGUUAUUUUUGUUGCAGUGUAGUUUUUAUUUUCUCUUUGUGUAAUUUAAAAAAAAAGAAAAAAAAAGAAAAAAAAAGUCAGUGUUGAACUUCUGGGGUUGAAAAGCUUGUGAUCACUUCAGAGAGGCCGAUGUCAGAAAGUCUAAACUCCUUUUGAGGCCAGUAGUUUGAUAGCUAGAAUCAAUUUCUCUCUUUCCAAUUACAUAAGGGGCAUUACAUAAAAUCAGGCCAAUCAGUAGCCUCCAGCAAAACUAUGAUUCUGGGGGGGGGAGAAUGUAAUUCUCUGUCUAAAGGAAAAAUGAAAUAGAUAAUAUGUAUACACAGAAAAGGUGAAAACUACCUAAAUGGAUACCAAAGAAAAUGCAGUUUUGCACAGUGAGUUUAUUACAAAAACAAAAAAUAAAAAAAAAAAAAAAAG